UUCAUAAAAUGAGCCGGAAGUCAAAGGCGGCGGUUCCGUUAACCGUAGAGGAGGAAGUGAAGCGAAUCUUCGACAUGUUUGACGGCGACGGCGACGGAAGAAUCUCGAUGUCGGAGCUCGGCGCCGUGCUGAACAAUCUGGGGUCCAGGACCUCCGACGAGAUGCUGUCUCGGAUAAUGCCGGAAUUGGACACCGACGGCGACGGUUUUAUAGACUUCGAGGAAUUCAAGGCGUUCCAUCUCGGCGGCGCCAGCGGCAGCGGCGGCGGCGACAGGAUGCUGAAGGCGGCGUUCGAUAUGUACGAUAAGGACGGGAACGGAAAGAUCUCCGACGUCGAGUUGCAGUCGGUGCUCCGGAGUCUGGGGCAGAAGUGCACGCUCCAGGACUGCCGGAAAAUGAUCGCCUCCUACGACAUCGACGGCGACGGAUUUGUGGAUUUCGAGGAGUUUAAGGUUAUGAUGGGUUCGUGAUUAAUAAUAAUAACAAUAAUAAUAAUAAUGUAUAUAUGCAAGCAUAUGGGACUUUUUUUUUAGUUGGAUGUUUCGGGGUUUGUAUGGUUCUAUGUUUUGGAAUAGUAUUGUA